AACAUUGCAAAGGACGACCUGCAGUCACCUGGUAAUGUCAAAGCCAGCACAGAGACUCCCCCUAAAACCACGCGGUCAAGGGCUGGGCGCACCGCCACUCCCAAGACAGGCGGCAAGGGUAAACAGGCAGUUAAACAGGAGCCAGAGGAAGAGGAGGAGGUUGACAACGGUGACGUUGAUUACGAGGAAAUGGACGAGGAUGAUGAUGAUGAAGAUGAAGACUUUGUUCCGAAAAAAGGCAAGAAGGGUCGAUCGCCCAAACAAACAUUCCGUGCCAGGAGUAAGGGCAAAGCCAAGACCAGCAAAGCCAAGCAGGAUGUUGAGCAAGAAGAAGAGGAGGAGGAAGAAGAGGAAGAGGGAACCGCAGCUGAAGCAGCUGCUGCAGAUGGUGCAGAAGCUAACCCCAAUGCUAUCAAGACUGGUCAGUAUCUGAUAGACAAGAACGACAUGAAACGCCUGGAAAACUACCCCAUUUGGAGAAUGGAAGGGCCCAACAUGCUGCGUAAAUUUGAGAUGAUUAUCCAGGAUGGUUCAGUCAGACAUAAAUCUCUGUAUGCUUAUGCAUCCUGGGCACAGUCUAUGCAGGAUCUGUACGAGAAGAUUCAAGUGAGACAGAUCUCCUCUCAGGAUGGGGAGACUAUUGUGGAGAUUAACCCAGAAUUUGUGCCCAGACCGCAAGAGGUUACCAGCCUGGAAGACAAAUACGCGGGUGACGAGCUGCUGCAGCCCUACAGCAUUUACGUAGAAGCCAUGUUCCGCCAGGCUGUGGACUCCAGCUUCCUGAAGAAGAUCAAGUAUGAUUCAGAUUAUGUGCGUGCCAUCAAUCAGAUAGAUGCAGUCAUCCAAGAGAAGAUUGCCAGCAUUGAAAGUGAAGUCAGCAUGAAGGAUGAGUUUAAGACGAGAGUAAGGAACUGCCCCAACAUGAAGAGUAUCCGCAGACAAAACUGGUCUCAGACUGACCAGGCCACCACCAACAAAUCCUCGGAGAAAGGUGUCCGCUCUGUCCUUAUGUUUGGUUACGGCUACGACCCAUUUCUCAUGGAAGAGGACAAAUCCAAGGGUGUAGAGGUUGCCCAGGAAGUGGUGAUUGGCAGCACAAUGGAGCAGUACCUGGUGGCCUACCAUGGCCUGAUACAUUUCAAAUUCACUCUUCUCAAGAGAUGUCAGGAUAAGGUGAAACUGACCAACGCCUUGGAGCCCGGAGGUGAUGCUAAUGUGCUCGACCGAUGUUUGCAAGACAGGUGUUGGAUUCUGCAGGACUACAUUCAUUAUAAUCUGAAGAAUCUGGUCACAGAUGAAGAAUCUGGUCACAGAAACUCUACUUAUCCAGGCUUUGCUGUAUAUAAACACUGUCAAUCUUUAUAA